CUCUAAUAAACGCAGACCAUUGUUGAUCUCCACACAAGACAUUAAACCCGCCCAUUCCGUCCCUCAACAUGGAUUCCGAGGGUGAAGACGAUUACCUUUCACAGAACAACCCUGCCCAAUCAACAGGAGACUCUAAAAAUAUCACUGCGGCUUUUCCUUCUUCUGCUUCUUCUGCUUCUUCUUCUUCACGACCGACAUUCUCUCUUGACAACCUGCCUUCAGAAUUCGUUGCAUUCCUGGAAAAGAAUGAGAUUGAUCCUGCAAUCUAUACUGUCACAGAUUUGCCACGAUAUGUUCGUCUGAACCCCGAUCCACAUCUGACUAUCACUCCACAGGAACUUGAACAACAGCUAGGGACAAAAGUUGAGCCUGUGCCUGGGUUAGAAGCCUUCUGCAAGCUGCAAGGACAUGUAAAACUGAGAAAUACACAAGCGUACGAAGAAGGCAGGAUAUUUGGGAUGGAUCUCAGUUCAGGAAUCGCAGUAUAUGCCCUGGACAUUCAACCUGGAGAACAUGUCCUCGAUAUUUGCUGUGCUCCAGGUGCGAAGCUCUGUAUGAUUGCUGGUUUACUAAGGAAUACUAAAGAACAUCUGCACUCGAAUCGGACACGGAAGAAUGGCAGUGGCAGCGACAGUGACAGGAAACAAUUUCAAUCUCGUAUGAAUGUCACAGGAACUGUGACAGGUGUGGAUAUUUCACCACAUCGUCUCUCAACCUGUAGAAGUUUAUUGAAACGACAUAGGCUGCAACAACAUGCACGUUUGUUUCAAGCGGAUGGUACGACCUUUAAUGUCAUGAGACCUAGUGCUAUCGAUACUAUCAGAACCAAAAUUAUGGCGACUAGUGCUGCUGCUACUGCUAGUACUACCACUGGUACUAACGCUGACACUGAUGCUGAUGCUGACACUAAGGGAGACCUUAAAGGAGUACAGAAGCAACAACAAAAACAACUACAACAACUACAGCAGCAGCAGCAGCAUGGUACUAAGAGGACUUUGGCAGAAAUCAAUGAUUCAACAGUGGGGCCACAGUUACAGGCAUCUACAUCUACGUCUACAAUUACUACUACUGCUGCGACUGCUGAUACUGCGAUUGCUGCUACUACUACUACUACUACUACUACUACUACUACUACUGCUACUGGCACUGUAACUGCUACCCUUCCAAGUCAGGAUAACAACGGGCCUGGAACGGCUGAGUAUAAAGAGGCGGCUCUAAACCAGUUUCAUCAUGACUACAGUCUAGCAGGCGGUGAGGCCUGUGUAAAACGUCAAAGGGCAAUAUUGGAUGCACUGUCAAACCUUGGGAACCAAGUAGGAGAAGAAGGAGAAGGGCAAGGGGAGGAAAAAAGAGAAAUGAGGGUGUCAACAAUGUGUACUAUGCUUAAAGAGGCAGCUAAAACGAAUGAUUGUUCCAAUAGAAGCAGCGAUGGUGCUAGUGAUCAUAGUAACAGUAGCAAUAGGGAUAGUAGUUAUAGCAGUCAUGGCAACGGUAUCGGUAAUGGUAAUGGUAAUGAUAAUGGCAAAGAUGAUAAUAAUACCAAUGGUAAUAGUAAGGGUAGCAGCAAUAGCAGCAACCAUAGUCAUUGUAGUAGUCGCAGUCCUGUCCAAGAGAAGAUUGUGCCAUUCUACGCGCCAAAGAUUCUACGGAACGACCCUCAACUACAAGGAGAAGAAUACAAGUAUGACAAGGUUAUUGUUGAUGCAGAAUGUACACAUGAUGGGUCGAUUGCACACAUUCUCAAGUAUGAGACAUGGGGAUGGGAUAGUUUUCACAAGAAUUUCAUGGCACAAGACCGAUUGGACUCACUUUCGGAUCUCCAACGUGGGCUCCUGAUGAACGGAUUCAGGUUGACCCGACCAGGGGGGAUUGUUGUCUAUUCAACCUGUUCACUCUCGAGAGCUCAAAAUGAAGAUGUGGUCGCUUGGUUUUUGACGAAGAUGAGGGGCAAAGCUGUGUUGGAACCCUUACCGAAGCACGCCUUGGGGAUUCAGACCGCCCCAUGCAAAAAGCCCUGUCAAGCUGUCAUUGCAUCUGCACUGGGUCUUUUUCAGCCAUCUUCAACAUCUGAUGAAAAAGAUCUGGAAGGCGAGAAGGCAGGAGGAGAAGAAGGAUGGCAUGGCACACCGGAGCAAGAGGCGGAGAUGGAGCAACUUCAAACCCAAAUCAAGAAUAUGUGCCUGAGGUACGAUCCCAUCGCAAGCAACACGAGCGGCUUCUUUUUGGCACGGAUAAGAAAACUUGCAUAA